AUGUUGGUUCAGGAGAAUCUCAUAUUACUCGAGAAGCCAUCAAAGGCUGGCUCAUCCAGCUCGGAUUCAACCGCGCGCAGAACCCUGUCAAAGAUUCGGGGCGUCCUUUUCCAUCUCAAGACACUCUAUCUCUUCACGAGAAGCGACGUCAAGACCGUGCUCGCACCUCAGAUCAUCUUCGUCGUUGCGGUGGUCCUCAGUCGAGAGCGCCUGACAACAGGUGAUGAGCCGGCGUCGCUUUACGCACUGCGACGGUUACCUCUGGCCGUGGCAUGGAUAUGGUUCAACCUCAUCAUAUGCGGCAUUUCGAACCAGCGACUGCCGGAGUCUAUACUUGAAGACGAGCACAAUAAACCGUGGAGGCCGAUCGCCGACAAUAGAUUGACGCCGGAAGAGGCACAAAAAUUACUGCUUGCCAUCAUUCCGUUGGCGAUGGUAUCAAGCUUGUUCCUGGGCGGGUUUACACCUACUGUCACAAUGAUGGCUUUGUUAUGGAUGUAUAACGACCUCGACGGCAGUAGCAUCAAUGUCUGGGGACGAAACGCAAUCAACACUGGAGGGAUAAUGUGCUUCAGCGCCGGGGCGCUGGAGGUGAUGUCUGGUGGGCAACUUCUCCCCAAGGCGUGGACGUGGAUCGGGCUCACUGGCGCCGCGAUUGCGUCAACUGUUCAAGCACUGGAUUUCCCAGACAUGGAAGGCGACAGGGCGCGAGAUCGGCAGACUAUACCACUGCUGUACGGCGAGACAUUUGCUCGGAGGAGCUUGGCGAUGGCGGUGGUGUUUUGGUCCGCUGUUUGUUCAUCAUUCUGGGAGCUGCGGCUAUCUUGCCGAGCGAUACCUUUGAGUGUGGGGUUUACGAUGGCUGUUUUGACCGUUAUGAGACGCGGCGAGAAGUGUGAUAAGAUUGUAGCGAAGCUGUGGUGCAUGUGGAUGUCUGUCUUGUACUUGUUGCCUCUUCUUGUAUGA